CCAACUUCCGAGGUCAAACCCCCGUCCAACCAUGGCGAGACGAGAGCCCGGAGGGAAUACAUAUACACCUCCCCCCUCAGAUCCACACGCCGCAAUCCUCGUGCUCACUGCCCACCCAGCUCAUCCAUCUCCAGAUCUCCUCCUCCAGCACCAUCAUCUAGAAGCUUCUCGAAGGCAGGCACUAUACACUUCUCUUCUCUCGCUAUGGGCAAUGGGCUGUCUCCGUGCGUGAGCAUGCCGGCGGCCGCUGAGGCGCCCGCGGCGGCCAGGCUGGUGUACUGGGGCGGGCGGACGAGGGCGCUGCCGGUCACCGACGACGAGGAGGGCGAGGGCGAGGGCAACGGCGGUGUCCUCUGCACGGCCGCGGACGUGACGGCGGAGCUGCUCCCGGCCGACCACGUGGUCUGCCCGGCCGACUCCUUCUUCGUCGGCCUCCCGGUCCCCGUCGCGUUGCCGGGGGAGCGGCUGCUGCCCGGCCGGACCUAUUUCGUGCUCCCCCGCCGCCUCCUCUCCUCCCCCUCCCCCGGCGGCAAGGCGGCCGUGCUCACCGCGGCCACGCUCGCGUCGCUGUCGGCCGCGCCGGGGGGCAGGAAGACGGUGCAGCUCGCCGGCCCCGGCCAGUGCCCAUUCGAGUACGUCAAGGGCGGCGAGGACGGCGCCGCGGCGCUCAUCCGGGUCCUGCCGCAGUUCAUCGAGAAGGUCAUCACCUGCGACGGCGGCAACGGCAACGCCGAUGCUGCCAGCCGGCGCGGGCCGGGCAAGGUGGCUGCGACGGGGACGGAGCUGUGCAGCACGCCGGAGCUGAAGCGGCACUACGCGCAGCUCGUGGGCGCCAAGGGCCGCCCGUGGUCGCCGAGGCUGGAGACCAUCUCCGAGCGCAGCAAGAGGAGGAUCUUCUCGUCGCCGGCCAGACUGCUGUUGUCUUCGCAAUGAUAUAAUUAGCUAAUGAGCCUAGAUCGUUCUGGAUUAGAGAUUAAUGGGGAUUAAUUAGGUAGCGAACAUAGCGUUCGAUUUUACUUGUACAAUAGUUGGAACUGAAAUACAAAUGUACAAAUUUGUCGAAAACAUUUACAAAUGUAUGUAAGAUUUUUGGAUCCUACAAGUCA